AUGCCCAUCCAAAUGGUGUGCGAUUCGACACCAUCGCUAGUGAGUGCGGCUAUACGGGAUGCGUUGCACUCGACGGGCGGCACAACAAAUGGACGAACGGUUGGUCACGGUUAUGGCGCGGCUUCCACCAGCAACGGUGUCACAGUGAAUGGAACCGGAACUGCCAGUGGACAGUCACCCAGCAAGCAACAGCUCUCGUUCCGGCGGACAUUAGCGGCGGCCCAGCUUGACAACGAUUACGACCAAUAUGACGAACCGGAGGACGGUGGACCGAACGAUUUGGUGGAAUCCAUCAGUCAGUCGUUACGCCAGGGCCAGCAGGUUAAGCCCCUAACGUACGAAGAAGGCCCCAGCUACAGUACGAACCUGGAAAAUCUGCGAUCCAAAUACAUCGUCCUGAAAGCGGGAACUCUGGCCGAUUCCACUGCCUCCGGUGGUUCCUUAAGCAAUUCCAACUCCUCCUCGUCCUUCGGUGCAGCAGGACUAACCAAAGCAACCACUGGUGGAUCCCCGAACACACUCCUGACCAUGAACGGUGGUUCCCUGAAGUUCUCGGCAAGCUCCACUCCAUCGCCCAGUGCGGCCAAAUCGUCUAACCAUGUGCUCCAUCAGCAACAAAAUGGCGUCCCUGCCUCCGCUAGCAGUACUGCCGCCGGAAGGAUGGAUACCACCAACACCAACACACUGCCAACACCGAAGCGGACGCUUUUCCCUCGCGAGAAUGUACAGAUCGGGUGGAAAACGACCGGCCGCAAAUGGUUGGUCGGUGCGGGUAUGAUGAACAUGGGCAACACCUGCUAUCUUAACUCGACUCUCCAAGCGCUGUUCCACGUGCCGGCCAUCGCCAACUGGUUGCUGUCGGACGAGCCACAUCGCGUCAAGUGCGAUGAAGGCGGCUCUGGCGGCAAUUGCAUUAUCUGCGCGAUGGCAAAAACGCUCCUCGAAUCACAGUCCAAUCAAACUGCCUUCCGACCCUACCUGGUGUAUUCGAGGCUGAGGCUUGUCUGCAAACAUCUGGUACCGGGCCGGCAAGAGGAUGCCCACGAGUUCCUGCGCUAUCUGGUGGAAGCAAUGGAAAAGUCUUACCUCAACCGGAGCAAGAACAGCAAGGAGCUGGACCAGUACAGCAAGGAAACGACACCGCUGAACCAAAUUUUGGGCGGGUACUUAAGGUCGGAGGUGAAGUGUCUGUCCUGUCAGCACGUUUCGACUACGUUCCAACAUUUUGAGGAUCUGCUGCUCGAUAUCCGGAAAGCCAAUUCGAUCGAUGAGGCUCUGGAGGUGUACUUUGCGCGCGAACGACUGGAGGAGAUGGGAUACAAGUGUGAGGCGUGCAAGCGCCGUGUCGCGGCAACGAAGCAAUUUUCGCUCGAGCGUGCACCGUUUGUGCUGUGCAUACAGCUGAAGCGAUUUUCCAUGCUGAGUGGCAAGAUCAACAAACACGUGGAGUUGCGUUCCAAGCUGGAUCUAACACCUUACUCGUCGCCCGCCAUGCGCACGAACGGUGGCAAGCUAACGUAUCGGCUAACGUCGAUGGUAACGCAUCUGGGUAGCACGCAGCACUGUGGACAUUACACUGCGAUCGGACAUACGGAUGCCGCCGGGUAUCACGUGUUUGAUGACAGCUCUGUGCGCCCGAUCGGUAUUCACAACGUCAUGAGCACGAACGCGUACAUCCUGUUCUACGAGCUGGAGAGUGUGGCGGCCGGUGCGAUUGGUUUACCGAACGGAACUUGUCGAGCGAAGGCGACCGUAACCGUGGGACAACCGAGCAGUACGGCGACACUCACGUCGAUGGGCCACUUAAGCAACGGUACAUCCCCGACAACCGGGCUUGGUAGUAGUGGCGGAACCGCUAGUGGAACGAGUGGAACCGGUGGUGGGGGGAGUAAUGGUGGCACACCCGGCAAAAUCACUAACUCAUCCCCGCUCCGGGUACUCGGUACUGGUGGCGGCAAUGGAUCUAGUGGUGGCCUCUUCCCGAGCAAGUUGGAACAGAAGCCGGGCCUUAUUGGGCCAGUGCUACCAACCGCAACGACCUCAACCACCGGCAGCAACCCAUCAGCAACAGCAACCACCACCGCCAUCACCGGUAAGGGAGCGAACAACAACAACAACGGCCCGACAACGACAACCAGCGUAACCUCAUCGGCAAGUGCUUCCGGCAGAGACAUAGCAAUCUUUUCUUCUCCUUCAUCGACAGCGUCAACCCUUUCGAAUGCGUCCCCGCUCAGUUCGCCAGCGAAACAGUACACGGAGUCGUUAUCGGGCAGCAAAGUUCCUAAACUUCCCGAUAUCAACGCACGCAACACGACAGCUUCCCUCAACGGUGCUGCUUACAGUGAGGCGAAAGUCAAAUGUUUAUCCACUCCGUUGCUUGCAUCGAUGCCGAAGCUUAAUUCGCCGUGCAAAUCGUCGGAGAGCACCAACGGAUGUUCCUCGGCCGUAAUCAGCCUGGUACCGUACGAUAGUGAUGAUACAAGCAGUACAAGCGAGGACGAGGAUAACCACGAGCUCGGCAAAACCACGCCCAAAUCGCUCGUACUCACCAAUGGCAGUAGUACGGCUAAACGUGCGCGACAACAGCUGGUCACCUUUGUGAAUGGCAAACGUAGCAGCAAGCAUAGCAAGGAUGAGCCACAAGCUGUAGCGCGUGAUGAAGGCGGUAAUGGAGAGGAGGAAGAAGAGGAUGAAGAGGAGGAGGAGGAGCGGACAAGCACGGGAUCUUCCCGUUCGCCGCAGAUGAUCAAAACCAAGGCAGGUCUUUGGAAGGUCUCCAAGAGCAGUACGGCCGAUCAGCUCAGCUAUCCGGACAGUGGAUCGGCCUCAUCAUCCAAAUCAUCCUCCCCCACGACAUCGGGCGUAUCCUCUCCGACUAGCUCACCGGGACAGAAGCCACAUAAGCUACCACUUAAGAAUGUCGGUACUUCCGGUGGAGAUGGUGGUGAAUCUUCGUCACUGAGUAAUGGUCAUCGGCCAGCACACAACGGCAUGAAUGGAAAGAUCAACAAAGCAAUGGCGAACGGAUAUCAUACGAAUGGAGCUGCAGGAAAUCGUUCAGCGUCCCCUGGUGGAGAUGGAAAAGGAAGCUCAUCAACCGUUCAAAUGCUGAUGAAGUACUCACACCGGGGCUAUGGCGCACCGGUUAAAAGCUGGAACGGGCAGCAGACAGCGAUGGAACGAGAGCUAACAAACGAACGGCGCGAAGAACGUAAGCGUCAGAUCGAGGAGGAUCGCGAAACAGAAAUGGAUCGUGGCCGGAUAAAGAAAACCAAGGCAAGUGGUGGUGCACAGUCGUCGGUUGGUGUAGCAAAUUCCGGCGGCAAUAAUCCCUUCCAGCAGUACCAGAAUCAUCAGACUGGUGGCGGUGGUAAGUGGAUGGGAAACGGUGGAGGAAACCGUAACCACUUCCACAAUCAUCAUCAAAAUAACUAUCGCGGUGGUGGUGGCGGUGGCGGUGGUUACUAUCAGAACGGCAAUGGGAACCGGCACCAUGGUGGUGGUGGUGCUAAUGGUGGGUUUCGUACCGGUAGCAGACGGUUCGGUGGUCGGAACGGUGGCGGAUUCCAUACGAAGGCUCACCAUCAUCAUCAGCGCAGUGAACAGGGUAGCGGCAUGGCUGGUGGUGGUGGCGGGAGCAACGGUUUUUACCAUCGAUAA